GACUGUAACAUUCACACAACACUGUGUCUAUACAGCAGUGUCUAUACCUAGUACUCCGUUAUAUCAUCUAGGGGAAGAUCCCGCAUCUUAACAAAUAUCACAGCAUCAACAUCGGGCUGUGUUUUAAGACCUACAUCAUUGGGCAAGACCUAUUUCAACCACAUAACCUUCCAAAUGAAAGAUCAGAUCUGUUAUGAUGACUAUCAGAAGACAGCCAGCUGGCUCCUGUCUCAGACGCGGCACCGGCCAAAAGUGGCCAUCAUCUGUGGCUCCGGACUGGGCAUGCUAGCUGACGCUCUCAAGUGCCAGGACUCCUUCCCCUACUCCGACAUCCCUGGGUUCCCACAGAGCACAGUGCAAGGACACGCUGGGAGACUGGUGUUUGGGGAGCUGAAAGGGAAGACGUGUGUUUGCAUGCAGGGACGUUUCCACAUGUAUGAGGGACACUCACUCUGUAAGACUACCUUUCCCGUGCGGGUAUUUAAGCUCUUGGGGGUAGAGACCCUGAUAGUAACCAAUGCAGCAGGCUCGCUGGCAGACAGCUACCAGGUUGGGGACAUCAUGAUCAUCAAAGAUCAUAUCAACUUCCCUGGUCUGGCUGGGCUCAAUCCUCUCAACGGACCCAAUGAUGACAAGUUUGGUCCCCGGUUCCCUCCCAUGUCUGGUGUGUAUGACAAGGACCUGCGGAAGAUAGCCUUUGACCUCUGUAAAAGCAUGGGCGUCUCUCAGUUCGUCCAGGAAGGGGUUUACUGUAUGGUGGGAGGUCCCAAUUUCGAGAGCAUCGCAGAGGCCAGACUCCUUCACAGACUAGGGGUGGACGCUGUGGGAAUGAGCACAGCACCAGAAGUGGUGGUAGCCACCCACUGUGGCAUGAGGGUGUUCGGCCUCUCUCUCAUCACCAACAAGGUGGUGAAGAGCUACAAUGACACAGAGUCUGUCAACCACGAAGCUGUACUGGAGGUCAGCAAGCUGCGCUCACAAACGCUGCAGAUGCUGGUCACAGAGCUGGUCAGCCGGAUGGACAUCAACAACAACACGACUUGAACUGAAGAGAGCAGCAAGAUGCGAAGCUACACCUUUCGAAUUCGCUCAUCAUGAUGAAAACUUUCAACAGCGACCUGGCCAAUGGCACCCUAUUCCCUAGUGCACUACUUUCGACCAGAGCCCAUUGCACCCUAUUGCCUAUAAGUAGUGCACUAUAGGGUGCCCGUUUCAGAUGCAUAACAAGAAUCCAAUAACCGAAAGGCUGCUAGAUCGAAUCCCCGAGCUGACAAGGUAAUAAUCUUUCGUUCUGCCCCUGAACAAGGCACUGUUCCUAGGCCGUCAUUGUAAAUAAGAAUGUAUUCUUAACUGACUUGCCUAGGUAAACAAAAAGGUUAAAUCAAAAUACUCUCAUUUGUAUUUUGUGAUAUCACUACUGAGGUUUAACUGUGGUAUAUUUGUAUUUGGUGUGAAAAACCGGCACUCUCAAAUUGACAACUUAACUUAUUAUUUUUCAGCUGUAUUAACUAAUCUUUCUAUCCACAAUUGUGUGCUAAUACUUGUUCACAGAUAAUAAAAGUGAAAUAUUAUAAUGCAGCUCUAUUCAUGAUUAAUUAUUAUGUAUUACAAAUCAAUAUGUCACAUAUUCAGAUAAUUACAUAGAUUCAUAUAAUGGUGCACAUUUAUAUUUAUGUAUGGUUUCAUUCAUGUAAAGUACAAUCUAUUUCAAUUGUAUAUUGUUAGUCAACGUUUGUCUGAUAUUGGGUACGGAUUGCACAGACAAAAUGUUUUAUCAAAUAAAAAAGCAUUGAAUUCUGAAAGAA